UGUGGUGCAAACUACAUGCAUUUGUUCCUUUCUACUUUCUUUGGAGCUUCAGUUUCUGUGUUUCUGCUGCCUGUCAUGAUUUCACUCAUUCCCAGUUUCUCAAGACCCAUAUUUUCUUAUGCUUCUUCUUCUUCAUCUGCUUCGAAAGAGUCAGACACUAAUGCAAAGAAAACAGUGAAGCUGAGAGAAGACUGGAGGAAACGCUCUAAGCCUGUACCUCCAGGAGGUAUCUAUCCAGCCAAAGACCAUUGCAGUCGGUGUGGGUUGUGUGAUACAUAUUACAUUGCGCAUGUUAAGAAUGCUUGUGCUUUCUUGGGAGAUGGAAUGUCCAAAAUUGAAAGCUUAGAACCUGUAGUUCAUGGUAGAGGGAGGAAAUCAGAUUCCAUGGAUGAGACAUAUUUAGGAGUUUAUGAAAAGCUGCUAUAUGCUCGUAAAACUAAGCCUGUAGAAGGAGCUCAGUGGACGGGAAUAGUUACAACUAUUGCAAUAGAAAUGCUGAAAGCAGGCAUGGUUGAGGCUGUUAUUUGUGUUCAGAGUGAUCCAGCUGACAGAUUGUCACCAAGGCCCAUUUUGGCUAGGACACCAGAUGAAGUUUUAGCUGCUAAAGGAGUCAAACCAACAUUGUCUCCCAAUCUGAAUACCCUUGCCAUGGUUGAGGCAGCUGGGGUAAAGCGUCUCCUUUUCUGUGGCGUGGGGUGCCAAGUGCAGGCGUUAAGAUCUGUGGAGCACCAUCUAAACUUGGACAAGCUUUAUGUCUUAGGCACCAAUUGUGUUGAUAAUGGAACUCGAGAAGGUCUUGAUAAGUUUCUAAAGGCGGCAAGUAGUGAUCCAGAAACUGUUUUGCAUUACGAGUUUAUGCAAGAUUACAAGGUCCACCUAAAGCAUAUGGAUGGCCAUAUUGAAGAGGUUCCUUAUUUCUGUCUACCAGCAAACGAGUUAGUUGAUGUCAUUGCUCCAUCUUGCUAUAGCUGUUUUGACUACACAAACGCAUUAGCAGAUCUGGUGGUUGGAUAUAUGGGUGUACCAAAAUAUUCUGGAAUCAGCAUGACACAGCACCCUCAAUAUGUUACAGUCAGAAAUGAGCGUGGCAGAGAAAUGCUGAGUUUGGUGGAGAACCUUAUGGAAAUCACUCCAACAACUAGUAGUGGUAGCCGGCAACCAUUUGUUAUGGAGACUGUAAAAGCAGAUGAUAAUGCUAAGUUGGGAAAGGGUCCUUCUCAACCUGCACCUAGGUUUAUUGGAAAUUUGAUAGCUUUUGUCCUAAACUUGAUUGGACCAAAGGGUCUGGAAUUCGCCCGUUAUUCACUUGAUUACCAUACUAUAAGGAACUAUUUGUAUGUGAACCGCACCUGGGGAAAAUCAAGAGCUGAUAGACACAUUCCUUCAUAUGCAAAGAAACUUGUGGAUGGAUACAACCAGAAUGGUCAGAUUGAUCAAAUGCUUACCCAUGAGUAACCUUUCAAUGGUGAAAGGUUCCCUCCAUGAUGUGACAUACAAAUUUAUUUUAAUGAGAAUGCUAGUGUAUUAUCUGAUGAUAUUGUGAUCUAAAUGAAGUCAUGUGUACAUUAGGCUAUAUCAGUGUCUUGAGGCCUGUUAGUUGACCAAUGUAUUAGUUACCCUUGUAUAAAAAUCACUUUGGUUGUCAAUGUACCAUCUUCCUCUGUAUCCUCCUGUCCUGCAUUACUGGCUGGGAAAUGCCAUAUCGGCUGAGAAAAUAAUGGUUGCCCGUUUUUUGGUAAUGUAGUGAAUCGUGUUGGUUUCGGGAAAACUAACAUAG